UCAAAUUCGGUUGCUCGACGCAACACGCUUACAGUAUCAGUUGGCGCUUGAGUGAGGUCGGAUGUGAAAAAACAGUGUCAUCCCAUCUUCGUAAAUGAUGGCUAUCAAUGAGAGCGGCGUAAUGCAGUUGUGUGUGGUUGUGGUGGUUGCAGUUCUGGCCGCGGUCGAUGCCAAACAGUUGCUGGUACAGAGGCAAAAGGAAGCAUCGGAAGCGCAGGUGAACGAUAAGCCGGUGGUCGGCAUCUUGUCCCAGGAGUUGUCUUAUUUGAUGACGCAGAACUAUGGGGAUGAGGGUUACGAUAGUUACAUCGCAGCAUCGUACGUGAAGUUCGUCGAAGGUGCUGGGGCCCGUGUCGUACCGAUCUGGAUCAAUCAACCACCGGAGUACUACGAAGAGAUGAUGAGCUACGUCAAUGGGAUACUCUUUCCCGGUGGUGCCACCUGGUUCAACCAGAGCCACGGAUACGCGGACGCCGGACGCCACAUCUACGAUCACGCGAUCCGGUUGAACGACAACGGUGACUACUUCCCACUCUGGGGCACCUGUCUCGGAUUCGAGUUGCUUACCUAUCUGGCUGCCAAUGGCGUGGAACAUCGGGCCCACUGUAGCUCCAGUAGCCAAGCGUUGCCACUGAAUUUUAAAAAUGAUUUCCGUGACAGCCGAUUGUUCGCUAAGGCACCGAAGGAGGUGAUCGACAUACUGAGCCGCGAACCAGUGACCGCCAAUUUCCAUCAGUUCUGCGUCACCGAAGCGAACCUGACUGAGUACGGGCUGGACGACACGUGGCGCGUAAUGUCCGUCGAUCGUGACUGGAACGGGAUGGAAUUUAUCUCCACGAUCGAGCAUAAAACCUAUCCAUUCUAUGGUAUUCAGUUUCACCCGGAGAAGAACAUCUACGAGUGGAUCUCAAACAAGAACAUCUCGCACACGGCCAACGCUAUACAGGCGGCCCAGUACUUUGCGGAUUUCUUCAUUGGCGAGACGCGCCGCAAUGAUCACCAGUUCCGGGAUGAGGCGCAGAUCGACCAGCAUGUCAUCUACAACUACCAGCCGGUCUUUACGGGCCUGAAGCGGUCUAGCUUCGAGCAGUGUUACAUGUUUGGUGAAUCCAGUAAAGUGAUGCCAAAGAGAAGCAAGUCCAAAGGUAAGAAGAAAACCAUUAAUCACUAAAGCAGAGAGCCGGACUACAUCGAUCGCGUCUGAAUGUGAGAGGGUACAGAUUUAUAUCGCUGACCCGGGUUGUUACAAUGUUGCGGAAGCAACAAUGUGUCUGGUACUGCCAAUCAGCCAGACCGACCAUCGCUGCCAAUCCAGUGGGAGAUGGGACAGAGGAACAAUACAAUGCUAGAGAUGAGAGAUAGGAAAUCGGAAGAUAACAAUUUAAUGUUCCAGAAGGGCUCCAGUGGAGUGGAGAGUGUGAGUUGGUGAAAAUAAAAAAAAUAAUCGUCUACGAAUGAA